AUGACCGCGGCGAGCAGCGCCACCGCCGCGGCGCGUCCGGCCGACCCCGCCCAACUCGCCGGGUGGCUGGCGUCUCGGCGGGCGGCCACGCUCGAGCUGGCCGACGGCAGCGCCUUCGAGGGCUUCUCCUUCGGGUAUGGGGGAUCCACGACUGGCGAGGUCGUCUUCAACACGGGCAUGGUCGGGUAUCCCGAGUCGCUCACGGACCCGUCGUACGCCGGGCAGAUCCUCGUGCUCACGUUCCCUCUGGUGGGCAACUACGGCGUGCCCGACGACGAGGAGCGCGACGCGCUCGGCCUCCUGCGGCACUUCGAGAGCGAGAGGAUACACAUCAAGGCCCUCGUAGUUUCGGACUACUCCUUCGUGGCGUCCCACUACACGGCGAGGAAGACGCUGGGGCAGUGGCUCGAGGCGCACAAGAUCCCGGGCAUCUACGGGGUGGACACCCGCGCGCUGACCAAACUCAUCCGCAUGCACGGCGCGCUGCUGGGCAAGGUCGUCGUGGAGGGCGGCGCGCCGUCGGCGUCCAUGGAGUUCUCGGACCCCAACGAGGCGAAUCUGGCGGCCUCCGUCUCGCGCUCCCAGAAGCAGGUGUUCGUGCCCCCUCCGCUGACGGCGGACGGAGCCACGGCCCCGCUCGCCGGGAAGGACGAGAAGCAGGUCACCAUCCUCGCCGUGGACUGCGGCAUGAAGAACAACAUCAUCCGGUACUUCGUGGAGAGCCUCCGCGUCAAGCUGGUCGUGGUGCCCUGGGACUACGAUACUUUACAAAAGACGAGUUUGAUGGCCUAUUUUUGA